AAAAUUGCCAGCUGCAGCCAGCAAACUGGAAAACAUCAGUGUGGAAUAGCCAAAAGCAACACGAAAUGUGUCAAUUAGACACGGUUAUGAAUCAACAUUAUUAUUCAUUACUUCCACAGGAUUUGCUUGCAUUUCUCUUUUAAAAGUAAGAGCUCAGAGGUGUUUUGAUGAAUCAGGCCAAGCAUGGUAAUGGAUGAGGACAGCUUGAUGAUCCCCAUCAAUAAAGAUGCCUAUGAAGUUCUUGAGAAAAGAAAGGACUGUCUAAGUAAUCUCAUUUACAGAAAGUUUGCUUGUACAUUGACCUUCAAAAGUACAAAAUGCACUGCUGAAGUAUACAGGAAAAAACUAAAGCAGGGAAUUGACAUUUGUGUUUGUAAGGAUGAUCUCACAAGACACAAGGCUGAUGCUUUGGUCAAUGCAGCCAAUGAAUGGCUAGAUCAUGGAGGAGGCCUUGCUUUAGCCCUUGUGAAUGCUGGAGGGCCAGAAAUACAAGAGGAAAGCAAUCUUCAUAUUCAAAGGCAUGGGAAACUCACAGCUGGCAAAAUAGCUGUGACAGGUGGAGGGAAGCUUCCUUGUAAGAAGAUAAUUCAUGCAGUUGGUCCAAGGUGGACUAUUUAUGAAAAGGAAAGGUGUUGUGACCUACUUCAGGAAGCUAUUGUGAAUGUUCUGAAGUACGUUAGUGCUCCAGAAAACACUAUAAAGUCUGUGGCUAUCCCAGCAGUCAGUUCAGGUAUUUUUGGCUUCCCGCUCCAUUUGUGUGCUCAAGUGAUUGUAAUGGCCAUAAGGGAAUUUGUUGAGGCAAGUCCACCAAGCUGUCUCAGGGAAAUCCGCCUAGUGAACAUUUAUGAGCCUACAGUCGCAGAAAUGAAGAAGGCCUGUGAAGAGAUUCUGGGUGAUACCAGUUCACUUCAGGAAACACUUUCAGUUACACCAAGCCAGCCUUCAGCUUUCAUCAAAUAUGAAGGCAUUCGCUUGCGCCUCGUAAGAGGACUCCUUGAAGAGCAGAAGACUACAGUUAUCAUUAAUUCUGUGUCUGUGAAUGGCGAGCCUUACACUCCAGUUUCAAGAGGACUGCUGCAAAAAGCGGGUUCAGCUCUUCAAUAUGAACUUACGUCUCGUCUUAGACAUUCUUUUUCUUACGAGGAAGUCAUAAUAACAAAAGGGUAUAAUCUGCCCUGUGAGUUUGUACUGCACAUUGUAUGGCCGCAAUACAGCCACAGGGUGUUACUGUGUGAGGCAUUCAAAGCUGCAGUGACAAGAUGCCUGCAUUACUUUUGGGACUGGCCACCUCUCUCAGUUUCUUUUCCAGCAAAUGAGAUUUGGUUGUUAAAGCUGCCUGUUGAUAUAGUGGCAGAGAUCAUGAUUGAAGCAGUUUUAAAUUUUGCCAGCGCAUACCCUGGGAAGAAGUUAGAAGUGCAGUUUGUCUUUUGCCCAGAUGACCAGAAUGCCUAUGAGGUUUUCCAGAGAAAAUUUUAUUCAGCAGCACACAAACUGGAAAAAAAGCAGUAUUACAACAGAAGUGAUCAUUUGAGUACAGAGUCAGGCAGUCAAAGCGUAAAAGAGACUGCAAAUAAUGAACCAGCUAUUGAACUUAAAGGGAACUCACGUACGGCAUUGGAAGCAGCAGAAUCAUGGAUCAAAAGCGUGGUACAAAUUCAGGAAAGUCACAAUGCUAUUAUUGAAAACAACUACAUUUUUAGCCUCGGUAAAAAUGAGUUUGCAGAACUAUCUCGAGAGCAGCAUUCUAGUGUAUGUAUAUGGGAAGAAGUGAGAGAUGGAAAAGCAAGACUGGAAUUUCAGGGCCCUCCUGAUGCUGUGACUGAUGCAGUGCUCACAGCUGAAAAACUACUGCUUCGUGUGCAAGAGAAGAUUACAGACAAACAAGAGGAACUGCUGUACUUAAUGGGCCAACCAGAAGCAGGUCAGCUUUCAGAAGGACACCUUCACAAGACAAAUACUACUAAACGUGUUGAGAUUUCACUGGUGGAGUCACACCUUCAGGAGUUUAAAGACAGACAGAAACAGUUUGAAAAAGCUGGGCUUCAUGUUCUCAAGAUUGAAAAGAUACAUAAUCCUCUUUUAUCUGCUGCAUUCCAACAAAUGAAAAAAAAAAUAGAGGAAAACCAAGGUACCUCCAAAAUAACCCACAAGUUGUACCAGCAUGUUCCUGCUCAGUUCUGUAGCUCAGUGUGCCAAACUGGAUUUCACAGGAUGUAUUCUCCACCAACAGAACAAAAAUAUGGAGCUGGCAUCUAUUUUAAAAGGAACCCAAAAAGCCUAAUCAAGGGUAAAGAUACGUGGGAAAUAGACUCUAAAAUGUAUGUGUUUGAGGCUGAUGUAUUAACAGGCUUAUACACUGAAGGCAAGCCAUCUUAUAUUAUGCCACCGGCAGUGGAGCGGGAUGCCAUUAAGGUAUAUGACAGCUUAGUAGAUGAUGUAAACAAUCCUGACACCUUUGUCAUUUGCAACAGUGUUGGGGCCCUUCCACAAUAUUUGUUGACUUGUUCCCCUCUGAGGAAACCAGCAGCAUGCUGAGUGAGAAUUAAUCAGAACUGUAGCUAUUGUGAAGACCCCCUCAGAACAAAGCCUAGUACUUAGAUUUUAGGAGGAUGCUCUACCUAGUAACUUGCUGUGAUCAAAGUGCCUUGUGCAAAGUGCUCUGAAAUAUCCAUGAACAAAAAAAUUAAGUCAGUACCUUAAGGAGAUUAGAACAAAAUUAUCUGUGAAUGGAAACAGAAGGGAAAGCAUCACAAAAUACAGUUUAACAUUUAUCUGGUCAUGUACUUUAUGCCUAAAGUGUUCUGAGCAUGGGACUAUAAACUUGAUGUUUGCUUAGGUUGGCAUUCUUCCAUUACGUUUUCUUAAUCUGAGAUAUUGCAUAUGUUAAUGAAGCCCAAGAAAUCUUUUUUGUGCCUUUGAUUAAAUUUUCUUUUGACUUAAAUAGCUUUCACCUGAUAUAUUCACCUAUUUCCCACGUAGGGACAUGCUAUUAAAUACACACAGUUACGACAAAUGUGAGGCAAUACUUCAUGAUUUCUAAUAGUAGUUGCUGUUACAGUUUUUAUUGGUUAAGAUAUUCAAAGCAUUGUAGAUACAUGUAUUCAAAAUAAAAAGCAUGAAUGACA